UUCACUUACAUGGAACACUGUCAUCCUCAAUGGCGUACAUCGAUGUUUCGAAAUGAGACACUUGUCUUAUUGCCUCAAUGACAUCCCAGACAUAAGAAUCUUGUUCAAAUUUCAGGGGAGAUUAAUUUUUGGGAAAGAAAGAUUUUGGCUUUCUACUUCUCCAUCUUUUUACAAUGAGAGAAUCUUCCAAAGAAAGCAAUUGAUUACAGAAUAAACUCAACAAAGAUGUGGAGAUUAUGUGAAAAAAUAAAUUUCAGACACAAACUGGAAGCGUAAUAGCUUCCCUCUUCUGAACAUAAAGCUGAAAUUAAUACAAUUUUGUUAAAUCUAGGUAUAUUUGUGAAUCAGUAUUUGAGGUCAGGAUUAGGAAGUCAGGAAUUUUUUCAAAAACCUAAUUCCGUACAUUGCUUUCCAAUUUUCAUCUUGGUAAUGAGUAAGAUAAAGAGAAACGUUCCUAUGGUAACUAUGCAAUGUAAACAGUAUUCACCAGUAAUCAUUUUCCUUUCCUUUAAAAUACUGCAAACCAUGCAGCUAAAAUAUCUUCAAACUGUUUUGGAAGCACAGGAUUAUGAUUUCAAAGUAGCCGGUAUCUGUUGGUCCCCCAACAACAAAAAGUUGGCUGUAGCAACAUGUGAUAGACAAGUUCUUCUAUUCGAUGAUCAGGGUGAGAAAAAAGACAGGUUUUCCACAAAACCGUUUGAUCCUGAGGCCGGGAAGAGAUCAUAUGUAAUAACGGGAAUUGCAUUUAGUCCAGAUUCAACAAAAAUAGCCGUUGCACAGAGUGACUGUAUAGUUUAUGUUUAUAAAAUUGGUGAGAAGUGGGGAGAAAAAAAGGCAAUAUGCAAUAAAUUUCCACAAACUUCUCCUGUAACUUGUGUAAUAUGGUUACUCACAGGCCCAAUUAUAUGCGGACUAACAGAUGGAAAAGUUAGGGCUCUUCAAAUCAAAUCUAAUAAGGCACAAAGUCUUUUUGCUGCAGACAGUUUGGUAGUUUCCUUAGCAUCAAAUCUCAAAGGUACCGGAUUUCUAUCGGGCCACGUGAAUGGAAAUGUCAUCCGAUUUUUCAUCACAAGUGAUAACAGUGACGAUGAGGCUCAGGGUACAAUUGUCUCACACUCUGUACCCCCGUAUGCACUAGCUUGGCCACAAGGGCAUAUUUUCGUAGCAGGUUGCGAUAAAAGAAUAUCCGUCUUCAAUAACCAAGGAAAGCUAGUUAAGAACUUCGAUUACAGCAAAGACUCGAAUGAAUAUGAUUUCAGUGUGGCAGCUUGUAGCCCGAGCGGACAGGCUGUGGCAAUGGGGAGUUUCAAUCGGUUACGAAUGUACACUUGGAAUACGAGAAAAUCUAUUUGGGAGGAAAUCGCUCCUAAGGAAAUACCCAACUUUUACACAGUUACGGCUUUGGCUUGGAAGCGAGACGGUUCAAAGGUGACUUGUGGGGGACUAUGUGGAGCUGUGUUCAUGUUUGAAUCAGUUUUGAAGAGAACCAUUUGGAAAGACAAAUUCGAAAUAACAUAUGUAGGACCCAGCCAGGUACUUGUUAAACCGCUCGAUACAAAUGAAAGGGGGGUUAUAUUGAGAUCGCAACACGGAGGUGAAAUCGAAGACGUCAAAAUAAUGGGUAAAGAUUCUUAUUUGGUUGCCAGGACAGACGAUACGUUACUAGUUGCUGAUUUGGUGAGAAACCUUCUGAGUGAGGUGCCGUGGAACAACUCUGGUCGCCACGAGAAAUUCUACUUCGAGAAUGCAAAUGUUUGUUUGGUUUUCAAUGCAGGAGAACUAACUCUGAUAGAAUAUGGAGACAACGACAUUCUUUGUUCUGUCCGAACAGAAUUCGCAAACCCUCAUCUGAUCAGCGUGAGGCUCAACGAAAGAAACCAAACGUCGGACAACAAAAAGCUCGCUUAUUUAUUGGACCUGAAAACGAUUUGUAUUGUCGAUUUGGUCAGCGGAUUUAUGAUGGCACAAAUUAAUCACGACUCUAAAAUUGAUUGGUUAGAACUGAGUGAAACUGGACAUAAACUGCUGUUCAGGGAUAAAAAACAGAGGUCAGAAGCAAUGUGGCACACUCUUUAUGUUAUAGCCAUGAAACAUCAUAAUUUAGCCCUGGCUGAGAGGUGUAGUAGCGCUCUUGGAGAAGUGGCUACUGCAUAUUUUCUACACGACACUUCGAUGGAGGCUCAGAAAUUCGUUGAGAAAUAUAACGAAAAUCCCAAUAAUUCACCAGAUGUUUGGGCACGCCUGUCAAUUUUAUAUGGGGACCUUUCCACGGCUGAAAAUAUAUUUCUGGAACAGGGAAAUAUCGAAAAGGCUCUAGAUAUGUACAAAAAGUUGCAUAAAUGGGAUGAAGCUCUAAGGUUAGCCGAGCAAAGAAACUAUGAACACCUGAAAGAUCUGAAAGAUGAGCACAUGUCUUUGUUAUUGCAAACCGGGCAAUACGAAAAAGUGGGUCAAGUUUUGGAAAAAGAAAGAAAAUACGAAGAGGCCCUGAAUAUGUAUAUAAAAUCUAAUAAGCUUUUAAGAGUACCUAACUUACUUUCUAAACACCCACAACUCUUGAACGAUCUAGCAGUAGUUGCGAAUGUCCUGAAGAACUUGAUAAACCAGGAACUCUUCGAACCAGCAGCUGAGAUAUAUGAAAAGCUAGACAAACCGGACUUAGCGAUGGAGUGCUACAGAAAAGGAAAGGUCUGGAACAAGGCUGUCGACUUAGCGAGAAACGUAAGCCCCGAUCAAGUCGUUCAACUUGAAGAAGAAUGGGGUGACUUCCUGGUAGAAACGAAGCAAAUGGAUGCAGCCAUCAGCCAUUAUAUAGAAGCCGGUUGUACAUUGAAAGCUUUGGAUGCAGCUGUUGCAGCUAGACAGUGGAAAAAGGCCGUGCACAUCGUAAAAGUUAUCGAUGAUCCGGACACCGUGAAGAAAUAUUAUGUCCUUAUUGCUAGUCAUUUUUCAACAAUCAAGGAGUACUCCACCGCUGAAAAACUGUUUGCAGCGUGCGGUAUGUACAAAGAAGCUGUGGAUAUGUACAACGAGGCCGGUCUCUGGGAUAAGGCGCAUGCCAUUGCUUCCAAAUAUCUGGAUCACGAGGAAGUGUCCGACAUGUAUAUAAAACGUGCUGAACAAUUGGAAGAAGCCGGCAAAUACAGGGAAGCGGAAAAACUCUAUUUGUCGGUCGAUUCUCCAGAUCUAGCUAUCGCCAUGUAUAAACGUGUCGAGCACUAUGAUAACAUGGUAAGAUUGGUGGAAAAAUAUCAUCCGAAUUUACUACAAACCACUCAUCUACAUCUCGGACAGCAACUAGAAAGCCAAGGAAAGUUUCGCGCUGCAGAAAUUCACUAUUUGGCAGUCAAUGAGUGGAAGGCUGCCAUGAAUAUGUACAGAACUCUGGGAAUGUGGGAAGAAGCGUACAGGGUGGCCAAACAGAACGGUGGUUCAUCUGCGGCUAACCAGGUUGCGUUCCUUUGGGCCAGAACUUUGCCUAUCGAUUCGGCUAUCAAGUUGCUGAACAAGUAUGGUAUUCUGGAACCUUGCGUCAACUAUGCGUGUGAGACGUAUCAGUUCGAAUUUGCUUUUCAGCUGUGUAAGAAUCUGCCAAAUAAAACAACUGAAGUUCAUUUGAAGUACGCGAUGGCGUUAGAGGACGACGGUAAAUUUUCGGAUGCCGAAGCUGAAUUUCUUCAAGCCAAUAAACCGAAGGAAGCCAUUCUCAUGUAUGUUCAUGCACAAAAUUGGAUAAAUGCAUUGAGAAUCGCCGAGAAGCAUGAACCUGAUUCGGUUCCAGAAGUACUGCAGGCACAGGCCGCGCAAUGUUUCAAGGACAAACAAUUUCCAGAAUUUGAGGUUCUCCUACUGAGAGCCCAAGCUCCGGAACUGAUUGUCCAAAAGUACAAAAGCGAAGAAAUGUGGAUCGACGCGUUAAGGGUGUGCAAGGACUACUUACCUCAUCUGUAUCCAACUUUGCAAUCGGAAUACAGCAGUUCGCACCACAAUAAAAUGACGGACGUGAAUAUAGAAACUCUUCUAUCUCGAGCUAAUGAAUGGGCACUCGCCGGACAGCACAAGCAAGCUGUAGAUUGUCUCUUACAGGUCAAUACGAGUAUCACAGAACCAUCUAUAGUGAAAAGGGCUUUACUCAGAGCUGCCGAUAUGGUCAAUAAGUUUCUUUUUGGAGACGAAGCCCUGGAGAUUAUCAAAAUAUUAUCCCCAAGAUUAAUUGAAUCGGGAGAAUAUACUGUUGCUGCUCAACUAUAUAUUAGCAUGGAGAUGAUGAAAGAAGCAAUCGACUCAUUUAUUGUAGCAGAAGAGUGGGGUAAAGCCAGGAAAGUUGCAAAAGAAUUGGAACCAGCAUAUGAAAGUUACGUGGAAAGUAAAUAUAAAGAUCGUCUUCUGAAAAAAGGAGAUGUGGAGCAACUGGCAGAUGUAGAUAUAAUCGGUGCUCUUGAUCUUCUAGCAGAGCAGGGACAGUGGGCCCGUUGUAUUGAGAAAGCUAAAGCUCACAAUACUCCGAUUUUACACAAAUACGUGGCACUAUAUGCUGCGAAACUUUUGAAAGAUGGUUUCGUUCUUGAAGCACUCAAUCUUUAUUCGAACUAUGGUGCUCCAGCAAUGCCUCAAAAUUUCAAUAUAUACAACCAUAUUGCAACUGAAGUGUUUGGUGCAAAUGAUUUGGCAGGACCUUCCAGCUACGGUGUUUGGGAGCAACUUAGACAGAUGCUUUACGAAAUAAACACAGGUCUGGAAGUAGCUCACAAUGUCAAAGCAGACACCAAAAAUCACUUCAGGAAUUUAAUGCUGGUUGCUCAUUUCUAUGCUCUCAGAUCUGCAUGCAGACAAGUAUCAUCAUUGAAAAAAAUUGGAGUCAAAAUAAGUACUGCUCUUUUGAGGUACACCGAUCUGAUUCCUGCAGAUAAGGCCUUUUACGAAGCAGGUAAAGAUAUGAAAGAAGAAGGAAGAUUAUCGGAAGCAUUCGUUUUUCUCAAUCACUACCUAGAUUUGUGCGAGGCUAUUGAAGAAGGAGAGGGCCAAUUGGUAGACCAUUCCGAUCUAGCUCAGACCGAUUUUCCUUCGAACAUUCCCCUUCCCGAACAGCUAUAUUUAUCAGAAGAUCCGAAGGAGCACGAUGAAAUAAGAGAGUGGGUUCUUGCUGUCAGUAUGGAUCAGAAAGUGGAUCAGACACUUCCCGUAGACGAACGACAGCUCUUUGAAUCAUCGUUGCAGCAGGGAGAGACUCCUUGCUUGGUUACUGGUUACCCCGUCAGAGAACAAGCCGUUUCCUUUGGAAAGUCCAGCUUGCAAGCCAGUAAGGAUGCCUGGGCCAAGCUGAACAUGGGGGCGAAAAUGACACCAGAAUCGAACGUGGGUAAUGUUAUUUCGUUCAUUACAAAGUGGUGUGGACCGCCGAAUUAAACAUCUGUAUUUAAUUUAUUACUAUUUCUUGAAAUGUUAGAAAUAUUUCUGUUCAAAUAAAAGGUUUGUCUUUG